AUGGGGGUCAACAUCUUGAGUUCACAGACACCAUUAAAUUUGUGCAGAGCAGAACACCAGCGGCGCAGGGACAUCAAGCCUGUACCCCCUGCAACGGUUUUCCACACGCAAGUAUCUACUUCAACGGCCAACAUCGAAUGGGAGAGGCCAGAUGGCCAGUAUGAUCACAUGGUUGUCACUCUAACUAACUUGACAACCAAUGAAACAAAAGAAAAAGUAACAGAAGAACUCUGCACAACCUACACUCGUCUUCGUCCUGCUACUUGGUACCGUAUGGACGUCAUGACGAUAAAGGGAUCAAAGAGAAGUGCCAUUAGGUCUCACAUUUUAAAUACAGCCCCUUUGCCUCCCACGGGUAUUUCUGUCAACCCAGGAGCGAAUAUAGCAAAAAUUUAUUGGACCUAUCCAGAUAAAAGGGAUGAUGACGGCAUCACAUUUGAAAUCAAUUGUUGGGAAGUGAACGCUCGCAGACCUGAACCCUGCCUGACAGCGUCUUCUAAAGCCUUAGAAACAAUACUUAAGCCUUUAACUCCAGGGUCACAGUACAAGGUACAAGUAAAGGCUGUCUUUCAAGAAACGAGGAAUAACGAUUUCAAGGAGGCGUUGUUUAGUACAGAACCACCUGCUGUAAGUAAUGUGCAAGUGCAAGGGUUUUCCACCUUUGCCGACGUGUCCUGGAGACCGCCUGUUGAGGGAAAGGUCAAGAGGUAUGAUAUCGUAUUUUGGCGUGCUAACAACCCAUCAGCAAAGCGAAAGACCACGGUUCAAUAUCCUGCAGUCACGGGAUCAAUUAUUAACCUUAAUCAAGGGACCAAGUACGUCGCGGAAGUAAAGUCCAGUGUAGAAGGGCGCGUAAGCCAAGGUGGCGAUAGGAAAACGUUCUAUACAGUUCCUUCACGGCCGUCGAUGGGCAAUAUUGAUACUGCACCAGAUUCAAUCAGACUUAAAUGGAGUAGAAAGGAGGAUGAACCAGAUGUGACCGAAGCAGUAGUCACAUAUUGUCUACCUGGCUCUACUCAGAAAAUAACAAAACAUGUAUCUACGAGAGAACCCCAGCAGUUGCUGAUAUCUCCACUGAAUCCCAACACACAUAUUGAAGGUUAUGUUGAACUGGUGAGCGGAGAUAAAACCAGCGACAAGACACACUGGUCGGCAACAACAGAUUCAUGAAGAAUGGUCAGGACGGUUAGCGGCAGGGGGAGAAGAGACUGGAAAAGAUAUAAGCCUGUUUUGGGAACACUUUCUGACUUUAUAGAGUCCUAGGGUCUUUAACUUUAACAUA